UCAAUCACAAAAACGGGUCGACCUUUGAACUGAAUUGAUAGCUAAAACCGGGUGGAGAAGAGAGAAGAGGAGAACGGUCGACGACUCAGUGAGUGAGCGAGCAUGUUGCAAUUUCCGGCAUUCAUGACUCAGUACCCAUGGUCGACUCGGAUGAUUCCGACGUCGUAUCUGCUUCCAGCUCAGUGGCCUCAGCCCCAAAGCGACGAGCUCCUUCUCUCCAUGGAAGAGGCCGAAUUCGAAGAAAAGUGCAAUGAAAUCCGAAAAACAAAUAGCAAUCUUCUUGUGAUUGGGAAGGCAACUACAGACAAUGAUAAAGAAGACUUCGACAAUGAUGCAGAUGAUGAUGAUGCUGACAAUGUAGAAGAGUCUGAAGGAGAUGACUUUGAGCAGGAGACUGGUUGAUUUCUUUAGCUUCACUGCUGCCUCAUAUGAAAUCUUUGUUUCAAUUGACUGAAGUUGUAAGCUGUUUAGUAGGGAAUGCGUGACCUUCAAACGACAAUUUUUUGCUUUAAGAUCAAUACAACCCCUGUCUAUUCAAGGCCCGCCCAUAUUAUCUCUAUUUUUUGCUUGAAUGUAUAUACUUGCAUCUUUUGUACUCGUUACUUCAAAUGGUGCAUUCUUAAUUUAGUUUUGAUGAUCCUGGCAAGUCUCUUUAAUGUAGA